AGAAGACUUAGAUGCACCUGAUUUAACUAUCAUAGAUUUCAACACUAUAUCACCUGUACAGUUACGUAGUUUAGAGCCUGCAUUGAUUGAUACACCGGAAGUUAUACAUGAAAAAGAAGCGUUCCAACGCUUCAUGCGACGAGAGAUACAGUAUUGGGGAAAAAUUUCAUCAUCAGUUCAACAGUUCACAGUAUAUAAACAAUCACGAGGUAUACGUUGUGUAGUCCCAUCACCAAAUCAUCGUUAUAUUGCAGUCGGUACUUUCCAUGGAGACAUUAUGAUAUAUGAUGUAUUAAUGAAACCAUGGCGACCUAUCAGAGUACUUGCCUACAACAGCAAGAAUGACGAGCCUCCACUAGAUAUAUCAUGGAGUAUUGAUAGCUCCAGACUCAUUGCUAUAAACUCAUUAGGUUACUUACAAGUGCUGUCAAUUGUUGGAGGUCCUGUACAUACGACAGAUUCUAAAACUCUUGCCUUACCUGUAGAUGAUAAAGGUGUAUACCCCUUUAAACUACAGAGAUUACUUGCCCUUGAUGUUGAUAGUCAAGAUUUUGUGUUCCAACAAGAUAAUGCAUUUUAG